GCUCAAGGUCUUGGGUGCCGAGGCUUCCUGCUAGUGCGGGUUGCCGCUCCCUUGGCCCGGGGGCGAGAUAGUCACACCCCAGGGCCAUCGGCCCCGCUCGGCUGCCGCGCGGCGCCGCUGUGGGCGGGCGGCGACUGCGGCCGGCCCUGCAGGAUGACCGCCAUUCCAGUGAGCAGCGCUGCGGCGCUUGGCGCGGCUGGCACGGCUGGCGCUGCUGGUUUGGGCAUAUUCGGCUAUAACCGGGAGAACUACAUGUACGACGCCGAGUUCCGGUACGAGCGGUUUUCCGCAGGUCGGGAGUUCGCCAUCGAGCAGAUGGACAUGUACCGCGAGGAUUUGCGCAAGUUGUCGGAGCUCACUGCCAAGAAGUGCGGGCUAUACGGCAUCUUCGCCUCGCUUGGGAUGGCGCUGUGCGUCGCCCUCUACUGCGCGGGGCGCCUGGGCCUCCACGGCCCCUCGCCGCCCACGCACGUCAUGGGCCUCUGGCUGACGAACAACGCCGCCGCCUUCGCGUACUACGUCGUGUGCAUAUGGUUGUCAACUCACGCCUGCUACAGGGCGAACUCGGCAACCACACAGCUGCUGACGCGCCAGGCGAGGCUUCCCGUCCCGUCCCUCCGCCAGCUCGACAAGGCCCGUAAGUUCGCCUCCGAGUUCGAGCAGCAGGAUUGGGCCGACAUCUUCCGCAUUCCAUACCUCAACAACCCUGGCGUUGCUUUCAGGGAGGAGCCCGUCUCGGAGCGAGCGUCUUCGGCACCGCCGCAGAGGAACAGGAAUAAGGAGUCGUCCUGGAUACGUGAGGAAUUUGACACCGACAGAGCUGGCUCGGUGACAGGCCCUGGCGCCAAAGCAUCCCCUGCUUUCGGUGCCCCUGCCCCGGAGCAUUUUCAGUUGUACACGAACGUGCAGAAGCACUGGGUCCAGUAUGAGGUCUAUGCCCGAGUGUCUCUGCUGUACGGGUACUUAUCCUUCGUGCACUCGCUCUGCUAUUAUGGAUUGGGACACAUCAAUGUCGAGCUGCGGGCCUGGUGGGUGGCCUACGCCUGUGCGUUUGUCAUCGGGACGCUGCUCGUGCUGCUCCUCAAGUUCGACAUUGUACCGAAUGAGGCAGACAAGCGCGACUGGUACUCUGUCACAUUGUGGAUGGGGCCAGCUGCAGUCCUUCCUGCAGCCAUUGCCAUGUCCCUCGAUUUUCGGGUGGAGUUCAGCGAGGUUGCCAUCGGAUUCACUUGGUUCUUCAUCUUCGCCUCCUACAUCAUGCAGCUCAUUUACACUAUGCGCCUACUCUGGAUUCUGCAGCCAGAAAGGAUAGACCCUGGGCCGGACAAUGACCCAGGAAGUUCGUGGCUGCCGAUGGGUUGGGAGGGGUGGGAGCUUCCGACAAGGUUCCAGCACGUGCUCUACAUGGUCGCUCCACCUCAAAGCCUCAGGCCUUGGCUAAACGAUAUCGUACGGGAGAUCAAGGAGGGGCACGUGGAUCCGGUGUUCAGCCACAAGGGCAAGAUGACCAAGGAGGAUGUGGAGAUCCAAGUCCAGUACCUGGACAGCGCCUUCAAGUGGGUUCAAGAUCCCGUCAAUUUUGAUAAGCUGUCUGCCGACAGCAAGGCACAGGUGACAUCACAGUACAGCAUAUUUGAGAGCAAGCGCAAAGAGUGGGAGAGCGCGAAGUCGAGAGAGUACGAAGCACUUGGCCAGACGAUCAAGGACUGCGUCAGCGAGCUCGAGGGGAUGAGGAGCAAGGAGCCGAGCCUCGCUGUAGGGCCUGCCAGCACAGCGGACUUUCUGGACGUGGACGCCUCGGAUGCGGAGGCAAACGGACACGACGUACAGCGAAAGGCCCCGCCGCUCUUCGCGCAGACAAAGCAUAUCAGCCCCCCUCUGACGGUGAUGUCGCUCACGGCCGUGCUCCUGUUCUCCUGGUUCUUCCUCAUCAUCUGCAACAUCGUGGACUGCGCGAUUGGAGAGCAGGCGACCGUCACGAAUCCACACUGGUCGCGACCACCAAUGACGCGGAUGUCCUACGUUCCACACGAUCUUGGAACGCCGAUCGGCUUCCCCUGGCCCGCAUCCGCGAGGCCCUACUACCCUGAGCAGAUGCGCUGGCACGAGGACACAAGACCGAGCAGCUCCACACCAUUCGAUCUUUCCGCGGGGGGCCCCAGAGGAGAAGCGCAUCCCUGGCAUGGACACAAUUUUCCACGCGAGCGGGUUCCCGGAGAUGCAUCGCCGCCUCCACGAGACCUCUGCCCAGCACGCCCACAGCGACGUCACGUUGCGUGCACAGGGCCUCAAGGAGGCGGUCCGAGGCCUGAGGGAGCUGCUGCCGGCCCAGGGCGGCGAGGGCGGACGCGUUGCCCUCCCGGCGGUGGAGGCGAUCUCGUGGCCGGGCUUCUUCGAGCCUCGGCUGCUGGCGUGUGGCCCUCCUGGGCGGGACGGCGGCGGCGUGGUGGCCGCCCUCACGGCGCGCGGCUUCGGGGCCGCCGCUCGCCUCGGCGCGCAGACGGGGCCCGUGGCGGCCGAGCCCUUCCGGCUGUCGGGCCUGUCGCACCUGCCGCCGCUCGUGGGGGCUUCCUGGGGGCCCGACGGCCUCACGGUCGUCUCCAGCGCGGGCGACCUCGCCGCGUGCCCCGGGCCGCGCCCAGCGCCGGGCGGGACCUGGGCGUGCGGGCCCGCGGCGCGGGCGCCCGCCAGGCUGCCGGUGGAGGAGGGCGCCCGGCUCUUCGCCGCCGCCGCGGCCGUGCUGAGCGGCCCGGACGGCGAGCCGCGCCUGCACGCGGCGCUCCUCCACGAGAGCGCUCCUGACUUGGUCGCGCUCUUCCACCUGGAUGACGGGUCCUGGCUGCCCGUCGGUGAGGUAGCCGUCCCGGCUUUCGGGCCAGACACAGCAGCGGGCCAAGGCAAGAUCUCGCUCGCACUCUCUCUUGGCGGCGACCUUACGGUGGCGACGGACACUGGUGCGGUCGUGCGGUGGCGCCUGCGCGACGGGGCCAUCGUCGAAUCGACCAUUCCCAAGAUGAAGCCGCAGCCCACAUGGCAAGGAACUUGCAGCGUCCAGCAUGGUUUUAUUGACCGCGUCGCCCACCUCCAUCUGCGCCAGGCUGCGCAUGCUCACAAACCUGAGAUCGUUCUCACUGAUCCCCUUCGCGGCGGCUCGCAGGGUGGCGACGAACUCUUGUACCCCUAGUCGUGGUGACUCCAGCUGGCGCGAGUGCUUUACAGCCAGGAGCAAAUACGUGAUAUGUUCGUUUCCGGCGUCCGAGAUACAACCGGCGCUUCUGGAGAUCUCGUAUGCCGUCUCGUUGCUUCAAGUCUUGCCAUCCAGUUUUGCCCCUGGCUGUAGUGCCUUCCAGGUGCCAUUUGCACAGCGAGAUUGAUGGAGUGGUCCAGCAGCAUUUUUUCGCCGCCCGGUAGCCCACCUGGGCAAGAGCAGGACGCCAGGAUCGACUGCACGUAAGAGUGACCCGUCGCUGGAGUGACCUUUGGUGCGGGCGCAUCGGGCCCGCCUCCGAUCGUGGAGCGCGAUGCGAUAGCAGCAGCCUGCGCGCUCGGGUUUGCCCCCCUCGAGCCCCCCAGACGUUACCCAGGGUCACUCUUGCGUCUAGCCGACAGGAUAGGGUUAGGGACAGGAGAGGAGGGUGCAGAGGCGCGCGAGUCGACAAUCGGACAAUGGACGCGAUCGACUCUCCAGGGCGCGGAUGGGCAGGGGCUCGACCGUCCCUGAAGACUUGCUCCUAGCCACGGCUUGCCAUGGCGCGGACAAAAUGAGUGAGGAGGAGAGCUCUUGGAGUCGCUGUGGCGAUGAGCCCUGGGGAAGCCACUGUCAAAUUGGGGGCGCAUGCGGGAAAGCCUGGCGGUUGCAAUGAUAGAUGGAAUUUGCGUGCGGCUGUCGUACCAGGAAUACCGCUCUCGUCUCCUCCUCGUCCUCGUUUCGGCGUUGCAAUUGUCUUAGUUAGACGCUUGACAGGUUGUUUGUAUUUUUUUGCUUGUCCAAAAAAUGGCUGCUUGUCGGGUCCGAUGGCGCCAACUCGUGAACAGGGCCCAGGGAGAGAUCCCCUGACCACCGAGGGAGGUUCUGCAUCGCAGGGCUCUGGGCACUUUCGACCACAAGUUUUUACUCGAUGGAGGAGCGGCAAGGCGUUGGCAGCGAGGAAAGAUUCUGGGAUGGGCUCUGCAUCAGCAUUCGAAUGCCGUGCAACCACCUUGCGCAUGUGGCCCCUCAAGAGCCACUUCCAACAUCAGAAGAUCGAGCCUACAGCGCCCGAUUCUGGAAGCAAAGGCCACCCUGACGCCAGCGCUGUGAAACGAGAGUAGAGAAGCCUUGCCAAUGCAUUUCCAACCG